AUGAUUAGAUUAACCUAGUACUGGUAAUAUCAAUGCUAAUGAGGCAAACAGGCGAUACCCCCAAAGCCCAUUUUCUUGGAAUAUACUUUCAAAGACUAGUAUUUUCAUUUCAUGUGUGUGUGUGUGUGUGUGUGUGUGUGUGUGUGUGUGUGUGUGUGUGUGUGUGUUUUAAUAUACUUUUAACACUAUUAUGUUUAUACAAAACUAGUAUUUCUUGAUUGUGUAUUUAACCGUUGUGAAAAAGGGUAUCUUCCUUACCGGUUCUCGUUGCAACCGAUGUCGAGUUUUUGACCAUUUUGCCCCUUGGAGGACUUCUUUAUAAGUCCCUUUUGAUUGUGUGUAUUUGGUUUCAAAGAAAAAUGAAAUAUCAUUAAAAAAGAAAGGCGAAUGCUAAUCUUGUUGUUGAUCUCCUCCUCUCUCAGGCUACAUUAGAAAACAAGUGUUGUGUGUACUACUAUUAUGGCAUACACUUUGUCUCAAGUUUCUAGUGUGGGAGGAGAGAGAGGCCUUCGUCGCUCGUUUUCGACCAAUGAUCUUCACCGAAGAUCCACUAUCCGACGCUCAUAUUCGGACAAUCAUCUAUGUUACUCGAUUAGUCCCAUAAGGGCGGCUUCGACAGCUCAGCAACAACCGAAGCUCAAGAAUAGCCGUUCGAUGGGAUUCUUCAACAUACAGUUAUCGGGUGCAAUGAUUCCCGACACACUCAAAUCCUUCCUCUUCGAUCCCGAAACGGAUAAACAGAUGAACAAUACGGAGGAGGAGGAGGAGGAGAAUAAUAAUAAUUCGAAGGAAAAUAGUGAUUGUGAUGAUGACGUCGACGAGAUCGAGAUCGACGGUCAGAAACGAUCGAAUUGGAUCGAACGUCUCAUGGAGCUUCGGAAUAGUUGGAGAUCGGUGAAACAAGAAAACAGUGUUGAUGGUGAUGAAUUUGUUGUCGGUGAUGGAGGAGAAAAUGAGGAAGAAGAAGAAGGGUGCGAAGUGGAAUACGAAGAAGAUGAAAACGGAAAAGAAAUCGAGAUCGAUAGAGAAACGUUUUCGUCUUUGUUGAAACGAGUUUCUUGGUCGGACGCUAAGCUUUUCUCGCAGUUGGCUUUCUUGUGUAACAUGGCUUAUGUGAUCCAAGAUAUGAAGACAAGAGAUUUAAGGAGAUAUUAUGGACUAGAAUUUGUGACAUCUUCAUUGGAGAAAAAAGCAGAAGCAGAAGCCAUUAAAGAAAAAGUUGAUCAAGAUUCGACUAGAGUGUCCGUUUUAGAGACUACAACUAAAAGAGAAAACCCCGAGAAAUUACCCCGUCUUAAUUCAUCGGCUGCGUACGAGAUUGCAGCAUCGGCAGCAUCUUAUGUCCAAUCCCGAGCCAACGACCUAAUAUCCGAGCCUCAACUCGGUGAGAAAAACGAUGAUUGUGUAAUAAAUAAUGGGGCUUCGCCAAGAGUCUAUAACUCGGAAAUGGCCGCUUGUGUGGCGGCAUCGACUAUGACAGCUGUCGUGGCGGCAGGGGAGAAGCAGAAGGAGGAGGCGGCAAAGGAUCUUCAGUCGCUUCAUUUAUCUCCGUGCGAUUGGUUCGUCUGUGAUGAUUCGAGCAUAUACACUCGUUGUUUCGUCAUUCAGGGAUCAGAUUCAGUGGCAUCAUGGCAGGCAAAUCUCCUCUUCGAACCAACUAAAUUCGAGGGGACGGAUGUGCUAGUUCACAGAGGAAUAUACGAAGCAGCAAAGGGGAUAUACGAGCAAUUCUUACCGGAGAUAAAACGGCACAUGGCAAGAUUUGGAGACAGAGCGAAGCUUCAGUUCACGGGACAUUCGCUCGGCGGGAGUCUUGCCCUUCUAGUCAACUUGAUGCUUCUAACAAGAAACGAAGUUGACCGAUCGGCUCUUCUUCCGGUGGUUACUUUCGGGUCCCCCUUUGUCUUUUGUGGGGGCCACAAAAUCUUGGAUCGGUUGGGAUUGGAUGACAAUCACGUUCAUUGUGUGAUGAUGCAUAGAGAUAUUGUCCCGAGAGCGUUUUCAUGCAACUACCCAAACUAUGUGGCUCAAGUGCUCAAGCGUUUAAACGGCACCUUUCGCUCGCACCCCUGCCUUAACAAGAACAAACUGUUGUACUCUCCUAUGGGGAAGAUGUUCAUUGUUCAGCCCGACGAGAAGUCGUCGCCGCAUCACCCACUUCUUCCUCAAGGUAGUGCAUUAUGGGCGUUGGACGAUACUAAAAGCCCGUUAUCGAACAGUGCUCUUCGGGCAUUCUUGAACUCGCCUCAUCCGAUCGAAACUUUGAGUGACCCCACAGCUUAUGGAUCCGAGGGUACCAUAAUCAGGGACCACGAUUCGAGCAAUUAUUUGAAGGCGGUUAAUGAUGUUAUAAGACAACGUACGAGGAUUGUUGUGAGGAAAGCAAGAAAACAGAGGAACCAGCUAUGGCCACUAUUGACUUCAAGAUCACCACAUGCUUGGAGACACACUUGUAAUAAUAUAGAAGGCAGUAAGAAAGUAUUGACUGGUGUUUAAAACAAAAUCAUCCUGCAGUAUGAGAUGUUGAAAUAGGUCAAUUAUUUUCUCUGUAAAUUAUAAAAAUCAUGAAACCUUGUUUAUUGGUAUAUAAAUAAAUAUAUAAUGUUAUUUACUGAUUAA